AGAGGUACACAAGCGACUCAUUAUCGUGGCACUGUGAUGACCUACUACCCAAAGAUUUACUCAAAUGGAUCAGUCUCUGUUUAGUGGUGGUGCCUGGUUAACUAAUCUAAAUGGCAUUGGAUCCUGGAGAGCUGUGGCAGACGUUGAACUGAGGCGCCGGUCCGACACCAACAAACCCAACUCAUCACCACAGACCACCAUCUUUCCUGCCCUGAGAGUUCCUUCAAACUGUUAUAGACAAAUUAACCUGUUGGCCUUUGACCCCGAUGACGACGAGGUUAAAUGCAGAUAUGCUGAUUUAUCCUUGACUGAAUGUGCCUCACCCUGCACACCUCCACCUGUUCUCAGCCUGUCCUCUACUUGUACUCUGUCAUUCAGUGGGACCUCAAGCAGUAAUCAAGGCUGGUAUGUAGUCCAGAUGGUGAUGGAGGACUUCCCCAGACAGUCAAUCACCCUGACGCACACUAACGGGUCACGGGUUUGGAAAACGGCCAGCGAUGCAAUCAGCAAGAUACCCAUCCAGUUUGCUUUUCAAGUGGCUCCCGCAGCACCGUCCUGCACAGAAGGUGCUUAUCUGCCAAGAUUCCUGUUUCCAACUCCUGAACACGGAACUCGGUUCUACAAUCCUGUCAGUCAGACUCUGGAGAUCAACAUCCGAGCAGACGCAACUGAGUGUGUGAUCACUGGGCUCCUGUACAGCGGGCCGCACAAUGUGGUCAAGACUUCUUCUGGAUCAGGAUACUUUACUCUGACAUGGACGCCAUCUGCAAGAGAGGAUGGACAAAACCACCCCAUCUGCUUUGUCGUCCAGGCAAAACUUCUGUAA